AUGAAGGCUCCCAUCCCUUCCCUCGAGACACCGCCACCUGCGCCUCCGAUAGUGACGCCUGCGAACCCGAGUCCGGUUCCCAUGAUGAACUCACCAGCUCCUUUGCUUCGGCCUGCUAUUGGGGGCGGGAGAGCGAGCGGCGCCAGAACGCCGAGACUUGGACUGGCGAUCCCUCCCUCGCCGAACGUGAAGGCAGUGGGCGGUGCAGCAGCUGGUGGCAGGCCACAGCUGCCAACCUUGCAUCUGGCUACUCCCAUGGGCAGUACCGUAGUGCCGUGCGAACAACAACCGAGACAGAUUAGUAUUCAACCGGGACAAUCCGCAAGUGGCGGCAGUGAGAGUAGUGCAGCACAUUCAAGGUCGGGCAGUUUUGGACCCUUGGAUGGCAGGGCGAGCAAUCCUACCUCGGCAGGCUCGCAGUUCUCUGCUCUGUCCUUCGCAUCACAAUACGGCAUUGGGUCGAGACCACAAGGGACACCCGAUCCAAUCUCGGCGGCUGUCUCUCUUUAUUCGGAAAAGAGUGAGGGAGGCGUUGGUAUGGAACGAGACGGCAGCAUGCAGGGCCUGGAAAACAGCUUUGACAAGCUGGCUUUAGAGAAGGCGCGGACCGCCGAUGUAGAAGACUUGGACGACGAAGGCUGGAGGAUUGCCAGCGUGGAAAAGAGAAUCGUGGAACUCGGCGGCCUAGGCGAAGGAGCAGGAGGCGCCGUAACAAGGUGCAAAUUGACUGGUGGAAACACCGUCUUCGCACUCAAGGUCAUCACCACCAACCCGGAUCCCGAUAUCAAGCGACAGAUUGUGCGGGAAAUCAAUUUCAACAAGAGCUGUGCUUCCGACCAUAUCUGCAGAUAUUAUGGCGCCUUUGUCGAUCCUGCCACAGCUACCAUUUCGAUCGCAAUGGAGUUUUGUGAAGGUGGUUCUCUCGACAGCAUCUACAAGGAAGUCAAGCGGCUUGGUGGACGGACGGGCGAAAAGGUCCUGGGUAAGAUCGCAGAGGGUGUGCUCGGCGGUCUCACAUAUCUUCACAGCAAAAAGAUCAUCCACCGUGAUAUCAAGCCCAGCAACAUCUUGCUCUGUCGCAAUGGUGCUGUCAAGCUUUGCGACUUCGGUGUUUCGGGAGACUUUGGAACAAAAGGCGAGGCCAACACCUUUAUUGGUACGAGCUACUACAUGGCGCCUGAGCGAAUUACAGGACAAAGCUAUACAAUCACUUCGGAUGUUUGGUCAACAGGUGUCACGCUUCUCGAAGUAGCACAGCACCGCUUCCCAUUCCCUGCCGAUGGAACAGAAAUGCAGCCAAAAGCUGGCCUGAUCGACCUGCUCACAUACAUUGUCCGACAGGAGAUACCAAAACUCAAGGAUGAGCCGGAUUCGAAUAUCUACUGGAGCGACAGUUUCAAAUAUUUCAUAGAAUGCUGUUUGGAGAAAGAACCAAGUCGCAGAGCUACUCCAUGGAGGAUGCUAGAACACCCUUGGAUGGUUGAAAUGAAGACAAAGCGUGUCAACAUGGAGAAAUAUCUGUCUCAGGUAUGGGGAUGGGACGAAGCAACCAAAGCUGCCUGA